AUGGAAUGUUGGGAUAAAAAAUGCCAACCGGAUGGCGAUGAAUGUGAAAAUAACUCGGAUUGUUGUAACAAUUAUUGUCGCCUUUAUAAUAAUAGAUGGGAAUGCUGGAAAAGUGAUGAUAACCAAGGUUCGCAAUCGACAGUAAAUUCUAACAGUGAAAGUCAAGGGUCAGUAUCUACAGAAAACACUGAUAAUGCAAACCAAGUGUCAGAAUCUACAGUAAAUUCUGACAGUGAAAGCCAAGGGUCAGAAUCUACAGUAAAUUCUGAUAGUGAAAGCCAAGGGUCAGAAUCUACAGUAAAUUCUGAUAGUGAAAGCCAAGGGUCAGAAUCUACUGUAAAUUCUGACAGUGAAAGCCAAGGAUCAGAAUCUACUGUAAAUUCUGACAGUGAAAGCCAAGGGUCAGAAUCUACAGUAAAUUCUGAUAGUGAAAGCCAAGGGUCAGAAUCUACAGUAAAUUCUGACAGUGAAAGCCAAGGAUCAGAAUCUACUGUAAAUUCUGACAGUGAAAGCCAAGGAUCAGAAUCUACUGUAAAUUCUGACAGUGAAAGCCAAGGAUCAGAAUCUACUGUAAAUUCUGACAGUGAAAGCCAAGGAUCAGAAUCUACUGUAAAUUCUGACAGUGAAAGCCAAGGAUCAGAAUCUACUGUAAAUUCUGACAGUGAAAGCCAAGGCUCCGAACCUACAGAAAACACAAACAAUGAAAGUCAAGGUUCAGAACCUACAGAAAACACUAACAAUGAAAGCCAAGGUUCAUAA